AUGGCGGUAGUGAAUAUCUCAUCGGCCGGCCAGUUCAACUCCCUUCUGAGCUCAUCUCGCUUUGUGGUCGCAGACUUCUACGCCGACUGGUGUGGACCUUGCAAGGCUAUCGCCCCUGUCUACGAGAAGCUGGCCUCGCAGCUGUCCCGCCCGAACCAUAUCACAUUCACCAAGAUCAACGGUGACCAGCAGAUGGAAAUUGCCCAGGCAUACAGUGUCGUAGCGUACCCAACUUUCAUCGUUUUCGAGAAUGGCCGCAGCAUCAAGACGGUCACCGGCCCCGACCCCCAGAAACUGACCGAGGUCGUCCGGAAGCUUGCGACAGAAGCAAGCAAGUCCGAUGGUGAUGCUGGCGAGAGCAGCGGCGCUAUCUGGCUGGGCGCCGAGGUGGCAUCGCGGUACGCGGACGUGACGGAUCAAGUUGAGGUGAAGGGACUGGACCUCCUCAAUCGCGACACACAGCUCGGCGGACCACGAGCCCUCUUUGAAACCUUCAAACCCUCUGCUCUUACUGGAAAGGGAAAGAGCAAGUCCGAAGCUGGCAGCAGCAGCAGCAGUGGUGCCGACUGGAUCGAAAGCGACACAGAUGAGCAGCUCAUGCUCUACAUUCCAUUCCAGUCAAAGCUAAAGAUCCAUUCGCUCCACAUCACGUCCCUCCCUCCCACGGGCGAGGCUGACGAGGACGAGGACGAGGAUGAGCGACCCAUGCGACCACGCACCCUGAAACUCUACACCAACACAUCGCACAUCCUCGGAUUCGAGCAGGCGGAGGACACGACCCCCGAACAGACGAUCGAGAUCCAGCCGGAACAGUGGGACUCCAAGACAGGGACUGCGACGGUUGAUCUACGCUUCGUCAAGUUCCAGAAUGUCACCUCUCUGGUCAUCUUCUUCGUCGACGGCGAUGGCGAAAGCGAGAAACUUCGUGUCGAUCGCGUUCGCAUCAUUGGCGAGGCCAGGGAGAAAACAUCCCUGGGUAAGCUGGAGAAGAUUGGUGAUGAGCCUGGCGAGUAG